AUGCAGGCAGAGCGUCUAACGGAGGUGCCACAUUCAUGCCGCAGACAGCACGUUCUGAAGCAGUGCUUCUCCAGUAGGGACUUUCUGCCACGUGGCUCUGGCAUCGUGACCAGGCGUCCUCUGGUCCUGCAGCUGGUGAAUGCCAGCACAGAAUAUGGAGAGUUCCUGCACUGCAAAGGAAAGAAAUUCACAGAUUUUGAGGAGAUCCGUUUGGAGAUUGAGGCUGAAACGGAUCGUGUUACUGGCUCCAACAAAGGGAUUUCCCCAGUGCCCAUCAACCUCAGAGUCUAUUCUCCUCAUGUCCUGAACCUGACACUGGUGGAUCUACCAGGCAUGACCAAAGUCCCGGUGGGGGAUCAGCCCCCUGACAUAGAGUUCCAGAUCCGAGAUAUGCUUAUGCAGUUUGUCACCAAAGAGAAUUGCCUCAUCCUGGCAGUAUCCCCAGCCAACUCUGAUUUGGCCAAUUCUGAUGCCCUGAAGGUUGCGAAGGAGGUGGAUCCUCAAGGGCAACGCACUAUUGGAGUCAUCACUAAGCUGGAUCUUAUGGAUGAAGGAACUGAUGCUAGAGAUGUAUUAGAAAAUAAAUUACUUCCUCUUCGCAGAGGUUACAUUGGUGUAGUCAACAGAAGUCAGAAGGACAUUGAUGGCAAGAAGGACAUUCAGGCAGCUCUGGCUGCAGAGAGGAAGUUCUUUCUCUCCCACCCAGCCUACAGACACAUGGCUGAUCGUAUGGGAACCCCCUACCUGCAGAAAGUGUUGAACCAGCAAUUGACCAACCACAUCCGUGACACCCUGCCAGGGCUGCGGAACAAGCUGCAGAGCCAGCUUCUCUCCAUUGAGAAGGAGGUGGAGGAGUAUAAGAACUUUCGUCCUGAUGACCCUGCUCGCAAGACCAAAGCUCUGCUUCAGAUGGUCCAGCAGUUUGCUGUGGACUUCGAGAAACGCAUUGAAGGCUCUGGAGACCAAAUUGAUACCUAUGAGCUGUCAGGAGGAGCCAGGAUUAACCGCAUCUUCCAUGAACGUUUUCCCUUUGAGCUGGUGAAGAUGGAGUUUGAUGAGAAGGAGCUGCGACGGGAGAUCAGCUAUGCCAUCAAGAACAUCCAUGGUAUCAGAACCGGUCUCUUCACACCUGACAUGGCCUUUGAGACCAUUGUGAAAAAGCAGGUGAAGAAGAUUAAAGAACCUUGCCUGAAAUGCGUGGACAUGGUUAUUUCGGAGUUAAUCAAUACCGUUAGACAGUGCACCAAGAAGCUCAGCCAAUACCCUCAUCUGCGUGAGGAGAUGGAGAGGAUUGUGACAACUCAUAUCCGUGAGAGGGAAGGCAGGACCAAAGAUCAGGUUAUGCUUCUAAUAGACAUUGAGCUGGCUUACAUGAAUACAAACCAUGAGGAUUUCAUUGGGUUUGCCAAUGCUCAGCAGAGGAGCAGCCAGAUGAGCAAGAAGAAGGCAGCUGGCAACCAGGAUGAGAUCCUGGUCAUCCGAAAGGGCUGGCUCACCAUCAACAACAUUGGGAUCAUGAAAGGUGGCUCCAAGGAGUACUGGUUUGUCCUGACAGCAGAGAACCUCUCCUGGUAUAAGGACGAUGAGGAGAAGGAGAAGAAGUACAUGUUGCCAGUGGACAACCUGAAACUACGAGAUGUUGAAAAGGGGUUCAUGUCCAGCAAGCACAUCUUUGCUCUCUUCAACACUGAACAGAGGAAUGUUUACAAGGACUACCGACAGCUGGAGCUGGCCUGUGAGACCCAGGAGGAGGUGGAUAGCUGGAAGGCUUCCUUCCUUCGUGCAGGCGUCUACCCAGAACGCGUUGGGGACAAGGACAAAGCCAGUGAAGCGGAGGAGAAUGGAUCAGACAGUUUCAUGCACUCCAUGGAUCCUCAGCUGGAGAGACAAGUGGAAACGAUCAGGAAUCUGGUGGAUUCCUACAUGGCAAUUGUCAACAAAACCAUCAGAGACCUCAUGCCGAAGACAAUCAUGCACCUCAUGAUAAACAAUACAAAGGACUUCAUUCAUUCGGAGCUGCUGGCAAACCUGUACUCCUGUGGCGACCAGAAUACUCUGAUGGAGGAAUCAGCAGAGCAGGCCCAGCGACGUGACGAAAUGCUGCGCAUGUACCAUGCCCUGAAAGAGGCCCUCAACAUCAUCGGGGACAUCAACACCAGCACUAUCAGCACCCCAAUGCCCCCACCGGUGGACGACUCUUGGCUGCAGGUGCAGAGCGUACCGUCUGGACGCAGGUCUCCUACGUCCAGCCCCACGCCGCAAAGGAGAGCUCCCGCUGUGCCCCCCACCAGGCCUGGCUCUCGAGGCCCGGCUCCUGGGCCACCUCCUGCUGGUGGGUCAGCGCUGGGUGGUGCCCCCCCCGUGCCCUCCAGGCCAGGUGCCUCUCCUGAUCCCUUUGGGCCCCCACCUCAGGUUCCUUCUCGACCUAAUCGUGCUCCUCCUGGUGUUCCCAGCCGGCCGGGUAAGGCCAGUCCCUCCCGCCCGGAGAGCCCCAAGCCACCAUUUGACAUGUAGUGCUGCUCCCUCCGAGACUCUUUGCCUGCUCUUAGCUGUUCUGUCCAGGAGUGUUCUGACUCAGCUCUCACCCCUGGUUUGUUCUGUUUGUAUUUGUGACACACACCUAUCGGCUGUGACUGUAGUAAAGCUGUUUUUGAUUCCCAGCUGCUUCGAGGAGUUGAAAUUGUAGUAAUGAGAAACGUAUCUUUACUGUUAUAAAUAUCUAUAAAUAUAUAUAUAUAUAAAGAUGGAAAAUCUAUAUAUGUCCAGGUGUUUAAAGCCGUUUUGUGCUUCCAUGUGGAUAUUAGGAAACGCUUCAAUAGGGAAAGAAUAUUGCUAUACAUAUAUAUAUAAACAUCCUGAGAAGUGAACCAAAUCCCAGUGUUGAAUUUUUGAGCCGACUGUUCAAUUCUCUGCUGUGUGCAGUUGGGUUCCUGUGUUACCCCAGAGCUGUGGGUGAACGUCUCGGUGCUGGUGGUAGCUGUGCUGCAGUCUGUGAUCUACUGUCACUCUCGUUAAUUGGAUGAAAUAAACUAUUGUUUCUGUAUAAUGAAGGACUCUACAACUAGAAUAAAACCAUCUCUCUUUCUCUU